AUGAAAGCAUUUAUUAAUUUAAAGGAUGAUUAUUGGAUUCGAUCUUUAGGUCACAAAUGCUUAGAUAAAUGCAUGCAGAAUUAUAAUCAUUUGAUUUCAAAAAUGUCUCUGUUGAGUAUUAUUUUUGAAAACUUUGAUGAAUUAUCAGAAAAUCAUCCUGCAUUUAUAGCAAGUACUUUAUCCACGAUAGGAUUUGUGGUUCCUACUACUUUAGUAGAUCCAAAAUCUACUGCUUCACACCUUUCAAGUUACGGAAGGUACGACCAUUUAUCUAAAACAUGGUAUCUUGAUAUUUUAAUCUGCAAUAUUUGGGUUCGUUGGACUAGUUUUCAAAAAAAGUUUGAUGUUUAUUUUCAAAAUUUUCAAAAUAAGUACCCUUAUUUUCGAAAUUAUAUUGUAAAACCAGCUAUUGCUUUAUAUUAUGCUGGUCAUAGCACAACAAUACUUGCAAUUCCUCUACCAAACUUUGUUUUUUAUCAAAAAGAUCAUAAUCCUUGGUUAGAAUUAUUGUUACCUAAUCCCAAUCCUUUUACAUAUUAUCCAAGCUAUUCCACUGACCCAAAUGAUCCGUGGAAUUUAGCUACAACUUAUAACACUGUAGAUAGUAAUGGUACAAUAGAAGAAAACUCCUCACUUAUUGAACCUCCUACUGCGACUACAAAUAUGUUUAUGUUGAUGGGUUCAGCAAUUACUGCUGUUUAUAUUAUGCUAACAGAUAAAUGGACAGGUUAUAAAAAACCUUAUAUUUCAAGUAAUCUUCGCGAAGUUCUUCAUCUUCCUGAAGAAGAGCCAACUCUUAAACAAAUUGAGGGAGCUAUUAAAGAUCUAUCCAAAAUUCAGAGUGAAAUUAAGGAAUUAAAAACUUCAAUUCAAUCAAUUAAAGCCACUUGA